UUAUUAGUAAAAGUGGGAGUUCAUGAUGUAAACGUUUUGUUUUAAAGAGCAGAUAAAGAAAAUUUCAGUGGAAGUGUAUGAAUACUUUUUUUUGCACAUUUGAAAAAUGAGCUCUGUUGGGAAAUCCCUUUUUAAUAAAAGGUACUAAUAUAUGAAGGCUGGGAUUUUUUAAAAGAUCCAAAGGGAAUAAAAUGUCUAGAGCUGAGGUUCAAGCUGAGUUGGAUGCUUGGUUCCAGUAGGCUAUUUUGAAAAACCUAGGAGUAGUUCUUAAGAUGGUGACUUUCAAAUGGGCAUACUUUUUUGUGCCAGUACUCAUUUGGCUACAAUGUUAUUUAAGAACAUCAAUAAUAUUCCUCCUUUCUCUAUGGAAUCCCCACACGUUUCUUUCUGAGCUGGAAAUUGGAUGAAGAUUUUUUCCCCUCAAAAAACUAUGCAAGUCAAAUUCUGACACAUUGAGUGGGAAUUUCCUCUACCUAUGGUAGAGUCAUGAAGAUUUCCCCACCCCCGUUCCAUUCUUACCCAGUAAAAAAAUAGUGAUGUAUUUGUGCGUGUACAUGAGUUUCUGUACAAGUGUGUGGGCUUGGGCAUAUGUUACUUCAAGGCAGAGAAGGGUGGGGGUUUACCAUGUAUCAGCUGCUACACAGAUGCUGUCCAUGUACACACUGUACCCUUUCAUAAAUGGAAGUUAAUCCAUGGUAUUUUAGCUUUCAGUAGAAUUAGUUUUCAUUUACCACAGGGUAAGAGCAUACACACAUGUGGUUGUUAUGGAGUAUCUGUCACACAGUAAAGCUCUAUUAUUUUUUGCCUCAGGAUCAUUUGUGUCCAUGCCCUGCGUGUUUGUGUAAAAGCACAUAAUGAACACAUGUUAGUGGGUAUAUGUGUGUGUGUGUGUGUGUGUGUGUGUAUAGAAAAUUCCUGAUCAUAAAUGCAGAUUUUCUCAAAAAGUGUUUUUCUUGAAAUUUUUCUCAGCUCUAAAAAUAUAUGUAUAAUCUGUUACAUUUAACAGAGCAUCAUGGAGGGGCAAUCUCUGUUGACAUUUGAACACAUUUUUCUCUCAUUGUAGUUUUUGCUUGAGUCUGUGUUGUGGAGCCAGGCUGGGAGUGAAUUUUUCUACACUUAGCAAAUAGAAAUGAAGCAACUUGUGCUUCAUUCCUGUGUAUUACUAAGUGGCAUGAAAUGAUGGAAAAAGUGUUUUAUUCUGGUGUCUACUAUAUAUUCCAAAAAUGAAAAGCCAUGUUAUGGAGGCUUACUGUUGGCAUAGCAUUCCUUAGUAUUGUACAGUGAUGGCAGCAUUGUGGUGGUGCAUUUUCCUUUACAUGUAUGCUGCUAGCAUUAUGGCGAUACAAAAUGCUUCUAAGGAAACAUGAUGUAUUCAUUUCAGAGCUGCUCAGCAUCUAGAGCUGUCACUUAGUUACAAAUGAAUAUUUGACAUUCUUUAAAACUAGGCUAGAGGGCUUUGUGAGGUUUAGGGACUUGGUUACAAACAGCUUGGGUUUCAUCUGUGCUGCAAUGCAGGGUUUUAUUUUAGCUAAGUUGUUACCAUGUCUUCCAAAAUGGUUGGGUUUUUUUAGGGGUGUUAGUAAGUAAAUUCUUCCUUUCCAGUUUUGUACUGCUGCUUCGAAAAGUAGGAUUUUUAGUGUAGGUAAGGAUCCAACUUGUGUUGUAAUCUAAUAUAAUUUAAACCUGGUCUCAGUAAGGUUGUGACGCAUUCUUUAAACCUUUGGCCACUAUUCCUGUUGUUUUUUACCAGCCUGAUAACGAUAGUGAGACUUCUAAGGUAGAAACAAUUCUAGAACAGACUUCAACAUACAGAAAAUAUGGGUUAGUGUAAACAAGGCUGAGUAUACCUUGAUAGUGAAUUGACUUGCGUGUUUAAAGAGCCAUUGCUUUUAUUCCUUUUCUGGUUCAAGGUAUAAGUAUAGAUCAGUGAUUCCCAACCAGUGAAUUCUUUUAAUGGUGCCUGUUGUGGCCUUUGUGGGUUCUUUGCAACAUAAUUGCUCUAUAAUUUUUCUACAGUCAAGAAACCAGCAUGAAAGGUUAGAACUAAUAUUUUCCAAAGGGUGCCUUGAGUCUAAUGUGCGGGCGGGAUGCCUUGAGUCUGAAAAGGUUGAGAGCCACUGGCAUAGAUGUUUAAUUUCUUGAAGGAAAUACCUGCCAUAUUUUAAAAGAAUCUGUGAGUGAAGAAGGUAGCUUAAAUCUUAGUUCAUUUCAUUUUGGAACUACUUGCUGUAUGAAAGUAGUAUCUAUGAUGUAUUUGAUUUCCAAAUACCAUAUAUGGAGAAAAUGACUUCCAAUGUGUUAGAAAAAAAGGUGGAGGGGGAUGUUGAAAAGUUGUACAUGAAAACAUCUACUAAUUAGGUACGUAUAUUGUAACUCAGCUCUUCAGAAACAACAACGUAUGUAUCCUCAUGAUGUCCUUGCGAGGGGCAAUGCUGUUACUCCUGUUUUAUAGACAGGAAGUUGAGAUGGAGAGAGGGGUUUGUGGCAGCAUUAACUGAAUGCAGAUUUCCAGGAUCCCUGUCCAGCUCUUUAAUCAUGAUAUCUUUCUUACACUCUAAACAUUUAGGGCCUCUUCUAAAAUGAUUAAACAUAAAGGGUAUAAAGAAAAAGAAAUGUAAGCUGUUAAAAAGAUAGGACAUGACCCAGUCACACCCUUAGAGAUUUAAGUAAAAUUUAUGUACUGAGGGAAAAGAUUCUUUUUAAGAAAUCACUUAUUGUAGAAUGUCUGUAAUUUUGCACCAGAAAUAAAAGAACUCACUGUGGGUUACAGAAUUUUGUGAACUAGCUUUUGGUUGGCUGUAUUUGUUGAAAGAGAUAAUAGUAGUGAAGUGUGUCACGUCAUUGAACAUACUUCCAAAUAAAUGUUUCUUCUUUUUAGUUUGAAUGUAGACAUGCUAUUCCUUGUUUGCCUAAUAGUUGCUGUGAUUACUAGACGAUUCUCUGUCACAGUUAAAAAGUACUCCUGUCUUGGCUUUUUAACUUUUACUGAAAAAUGUAUUGAGACUUCUGUUCGGUUUCUCUCUUUUUUGAAAGAAAAACAAGUUUAAGAUUUUUUUUUAUCUCCCUGGAUAUGAACAUUUCAUUUUUAAAAGGUUUCUUGUUUAUCUGUACUUGGUCAGGGCUGCUGUUUCUUGUUUCACUUCCUAUGGAAUUUUUACAGACUUACGUAAUUAAGUUUAACUUCAGGGAGUUCAUUCACCGCUAAGUCUAAUCUACUAAGUACUUUUGGUUCCGUAAUGAAAUGCUGGACAGCCCCUUCAAGAAUAUUGGACCUUUGUAAGUGAAUUCAGCAUUUUAAUUGGAACUUGACUGUCUCAAAUCGGGAGCAUUUGCAGAGAACUCAUACGGUAAAUCAUUAUUUUAGAACCUGUAAUUCUCUUCUGCAGAACUUCCGUAUUUAAAAACUCAUCCAAUUAAGAUCAACAGCCAGUGAAACGGUGCUAAAAAUGGACUUCAGGAUAUGUUGGCUUCCUGUUUAAAACACAAAAAAGCCUGGUAAACUUAAAGGUGCAGCAACUUGGGAUGACAAAUUGCCAAGUGCCAGCUGCCCUCAUUCACCAGAUUGAGCAAGAAUUGGAUGAAGAUGAAAAGGAGAUGAUGCUCUUCUUGUGCCGGGACUUCAUUCCUGAUCUACCGACUGCAGACCUCCGAGAGCUUCUAGGGGCUUUGAAUGAGAGGGGAAAGCUGUCACGCCUUGGCUUGUCUGAGCUGUUAUACAGAGUUAAGAGAUUUGACUUGCUGAAGAGGUCCCUGAGGACUCAGAAAGCAGCAGUGGAAGCUGAUCUGGCCAGGUAUCCUAGAUUGGUCUCUGAUUACAGGGUGUUAAUGGUAGAGCUCAAUGAGCAGCUGGAUAAAAAAGAAGUGAAUUCUCUCAUUUUCCUGCUCAAGGAUUAUGUACCACGCAUGAAGAUGGCAAAAGACAAGAGUUUUCUGGCUGUUGCGAUUGAUCUGGAGAAACAAAAUAUGGUGGCCCCUACUGAACUGGAGCUGAUUGAAGAAUGUUUGCAGAACAUUCACAGGAUAGACUUGAAGAAAAAGAUCCAAAAAUACAAACAGGAAGCUCUGAUGGCUCCCAGCAGUGCCCAGCCAAUGUAUAUAAAUGCACUUCAGGCAUCUCUUCCUAACCUGACUCUCGUGGACCCUCCAUAUUCUUCAGGGGUGUGGAAUAUGAACAAAGAACACCCAUUAAAUGGACAGCAUGCCAUUCAAAAAAGCAGUGGGCCCUUUCAGUGCGUCUGCUGUAGGAUCUCCACAUAUACUUUUGCUAGCUACUCUGCAAAACUGAUGGGGCAAGGCAGCAAGGGGCCACUUCCGUGGGUGCCUGAUGAUCGGUACAGAAUGCAGAGUCAGCCUUUAGGAAUAUGUCUGAUUAUAGAUUGUAUUGGCAAUGACACAGAUAUGUUAGAGGAGACCUUUCAAGAAGUGGGUUAUGAAGUUCAUUGUUACAAAUAUUUAAGUGUGGAGGCCAUGAACCAGACAUUGCAUGAAGCUUCAAAACUGCAAAAGCACAAAGACUGUGACAGCUUCAUUUGCAUAUUAAUCAGCCGGGGAAGCUCUCAGAGCAUCUUCUGCACGGACCAGCCCUUUCCUGGAUUCUCCUUGGACCGGGUGAAGCAGUUUUUUACUGCAGAUUCCUGCCCUAGUCUCCUAGGGAAACCAAAGCUCUUCUUUAUUCAGAGCUACAUUGUAACAGCAACCAAUCAUGAACCCACCAGUCUGCUGGAGAUCGAUGGUGAUGAACAGAAAAUCAAUACUAAUGCCAAAAGGACUUGGAACUGUAUUCCCAAAGCAGCAGACAUCUUCUGGAGUCAAUGCAAAGUGGAUGUGUCUACACUAGAAAGGUCCCCAACCUCAUCCUCCUUUUAUUUACACUGCCUGGCUGAGAUCCUGCGAAAUCCUCAGAAAAGAAAACUCUCCUUACUGGAUAUCCAUAUUGAGCUGAACAGAAGAGUGUAUGAUCAGAAUAAGUUCUGUCACCCGACACAACAUUAUUCACUCCUGUUAUGGCACACCUUGAGGAAAAAACUCUUUCUUUCUCCAAGUUAAGAGCUAAUGGAACUUCCAUGGAAAGGUAGCAAAUCGGAGACACUGUUAAGACAGCUGUGUCUGUCUGGGCUUUUCUGAUAUGCCUGUUGCUGUAGGAUCUGGGUAUCUAGAAACGUUUUGGAUGGUUCACCAGUGGAAGUUCUUAAUCGCAUAGUUUAAGAAACACAAUCAAUAUUUAGUUCUGCAGCAGAUCUGAUAACCCAGUCAACAGGUAAACUGUCAAAAGGAUUCUUAAAUGAGCCACAUGUUUGUUUUUAGUUAUUUAUUUCAGUUUUCAAUUUAACAGCAAGAUUUACUUUUUGAAACUUACCUACUAAAAGUGUCUGUCCAAAAGCUCUGGGUGUUCGAGCUAAUAUUUAAAAAUGAGAAUCUGCUAAGCAAUCAAGAUUCAUUACUGGCUACGUGUACAAUCCUAAGUCAUUCCUAGUCCAUAAUUGAAGGGGGGGAAAGCACGUUUCUGAGUAAAGGGCUGUCAGAGAGGAUGCUUCCUGGUAGCUCCAUCUUUUCUGUAGCAAAGGAGCUCCAGUGUUUCCAUUGAUUGUUGCAAGGUGACAUGAGUGGAAAACAAGUCUCUCAGAAAAUGUGAACUGAAAUCAUUUAAGUCGAAACCAAUACCUUGCCUUGUACCUAGAAGUCCCCAAACUAUCAAUAUAUCUCACAAACCACCGGUGCUCCCACACAAUAGACUUACCUUGUGAAUGACCCAAAAUACAGUUUUAUAAUAAUUUGGUUACAUGAUAAUAAAGGCCUGUGUAAGGGUAGCACGGUCUGCAUCUGCAAAGUCAUACUCAGACUCAAUCCAUCCAGACAGAUGGAAAAAAGCUGUUUGCCACAGCUGAGUCUGAGCAUUCAGCAGCAAUCCAAGCCCUGAUGACACCUGCUUAGCUGUGAAUGCCAGCUUGUAAAUAAAUUGCUCACUAUCCAUUAUGGAUGCUGAUUAUGAGUAGUGUAAUACCUCUGGCUUCUCCCUACUGUCCUAGCACUAAAACACUGUUAUCCAGAGUAAACCUCAGACAGGUACCUGAAAUCUUUAGCAAGAUACUAGAUUGCUUUUUCCCCUGCAGUAGGUGGCUCAUUCAUAAUGGUGACAUACAAGGUAUUAUCCACUUAUUGCAGAUACUGUAAACACUUCAUGUGCACCUUCACCACCACCACCCCCACUUUUCACUAUUUUUUGCAUACAACAAAGAAACUGCAUUUAUAACCUCAUUGUAAUAGCUGUCUCUGUUCCCAUGAUAGAACAUAAAGAGCUUCACUUGUAAAAGUAGCAGUUCUUUUCUUCUCUAUCAAAGCAGUUUUUAGAUGAUCAAAAGUUUUGAGAUGAUUUAUCUAGGUUUCAGUUCUACAAAAGGCUCAGCUGUACUACUCAAGUGACUACUCACUUGCGUAGCUCAGCUGAUCUACCUUUUGUAAGACUGAUACCUGGAUGAAUCACCUUAAAACUCCUGUCACUAAACUAUAUUUCCAUCCAUAGUGUGGUUCCCCUUUUAAAAUAAGCUGUUUUGGAAACUAAUGUUUUGGGUGUAUCUUCUACCUAGAAAACAACAUUAGGCCCUGACUUGACUAGAAAUUAUUUUCAUUAUGCCAACAAAUCCUCGUGCUGUGCAUGCAUUUUAUACUAAUAUAAAGCUCCUCGGCCUGGCAAAAUUUACUAUUGGAUCCAUAAGCAAAAUAAACUACAGAAGAACUUUUUUGCUAGUAACAUGACAUUUAAGUUAGAACAAGAAAUGAACCCCUCGCUUGCAUAGCUGCACUGGCAAAAUUUUUAGUGUAGCCCAGGUCUGCAAGAGCUGCUAGAGGUAAAAUGCUGCUGAGAGUAACAUGUUAACCAAUAAUCUUGUAUAAACAAGUCAUUUUUUUAUUUCCCAGUUCCAACUUCCUUGGCUUGGCUUUUUCUCACAGCCAGACUGUUUUGUCAUUUUCGUCCAAAAGAAUCAAUAUUAUCCUUGAAUGGAGCCUGUAGCUGAAACAAGUAAAUUUUAAAAUUUGGCCAAUCAAGAGAAAUAUGCUUGAUGCUGAAGAAGCAAGCGUGAACUCAAAAAAGGAACCAAGAUGCCUUGAAGAGCUAUAUAUUUAUUUAUAUUUAUAUAUUAUUUUGUAUAAUAUUGAUAUAUGCAUUCAUACAAUACUUUCUUUUUUUACACAUCCACUUUUUAAAAAUACCUUU